AUGAUGGACUAUUUGAAGUGUAUGAAGUACACCGAGAAUAAAAAUGCGCCAAACUGCAGAGUCAUGGCCAAGAGAUAUUUGAAGUGCAGAAUGGACAACGAGCUCAUGGAUACCUCGGACUGGGAUUCACUUGGGUUGACCAAUUUACCCGAGGAUAGUGCUGAAAAAAACCAGAAAAAGAAGUAG